GCUUUGUGAUUGUCCCGGCGGGGCGAGCCCGGGAGUGCGGGGCCGGCGUGAGGCGAAGGCGGCGGCGGGCCCUAGCGCGCUCGGUGUGUGUGUGUGUGCGGGUGGGAGCGCCCGGGAGCGCGCGUUAGGGAUUCUGCCGGCAUCGCAGCGCGUCGAGCGGGAGGCAGGAGCGGGGCGCGCCGGGGCGCGCGGGACCCUCCCGCGCACACACGCACACGCCGCGCUCUCCCGCGCGCACACGCCCUCCCUGCCUGGCUCGCGCCGCUGCCACCAUCUCGGAGCCGAGCCGUGUGGAGCGGGCAGCAGAACCGGAGCCGGCACUGGAGCGCAGCCGAGCCGGGGGCGAUGCGGGCCCGGAGCGGAGCCGCGCGCGGACGGCGCGCCCCGGACGCCUCCAGUACCCACAGCACAGAGGACGACUAAGUCAGGCCCAGGCUGACCCCAGUCCUGCUGCAUGUCCAGGAGCCCACUCAAGGUGAGGGACCCCCAUGACCAUGUCCUGGUUGCCUUGAGUUUGUGGCUGCACAGCAUCCGCCCAUACCUCCAGGCUUCUGACCGCAUCCACCCUCCAGCCAGCUCCCAACCUGGCCCCAGGGGACUCGUUCAGCUUUGGGACCCAGCUGGGCACAGCCGCAGUCACGUGCACGCUGGGGCUGCCACAGACAGGCUGCCGUGCCCCCCGCCUGCAGAGGUUUGUCCCUUUGCCUCCCGGUGCCAUCUGACCAGGUGAGAGAGAGGAUGCCGGCGGGGGGCGCGAGGAGUAUGCCCAGCCGCCUGGUGGCCUGCUGGCAACCCAUCCUCCUGCUGAUCUUGGGCUCGGUACUGUCAGGCUUGGCCAUGGGCUGCCCGGCCCGCUGUGAGUGCUCCGCUCAGGACCGUGCUGUGCUGUGCCACCGCAAGCGCUUUGUGGCGGUGCCCGAGGGCAUCCCUACCGAGACCCGCCUGCUGGACCUGGGCAAGAACCGCAUCAAAACGCUCAACCAGGACGAGUUCGCCAGCUUCCCACACCUGGAGGAGCUGGAACUGAAUGAGAACGUGGUGAGCGCCGUAGAGCCCGGCGCCUUCAAUAACCUCUACAACCUGCGGACGCUGGGGCUGCGCAGCAACCGCCUAAAGCUCAUCCCACUGGGCGUCUUCACGGGCCUCAGCAACCUGACCAAGCUGGACAUCAGCGAGAACAAGAUCGUCAUCCUGCUGGACUACAUGUUCCAGGACCUGUACAACCUCAAGUCGCUCGAGGUCGGCGACAACGACCUGGUCUACAUCUCCCAUCGCGCCUUCAGCGGCCUGCACAGCCUGGAGCAGCUGACGCUGGAAAAGUGCAACUUGACCUCCAUUCCCACCGAGGCGCUGUCGCACCUGCACAGCCUCAUCGUCCUGCGCCUACGCCACCUCAACAUCAACGCCAUCCGGGACUACUCUUUCAAGAGGCUGUACCGCCUCAAGGUUCUGGAGGUGUCGCACUGGCCCUACCUGGAUACCAUGACCCCCAACUGCCUCUAUGGCCUCAACCUGACCUCCCUGUCUAUCACGCACUGCAACCUGACCGCCGUGCCCUACCUGGCCGUGCGCCACCUGGUCUAUCUCCGUUUCCUCAACCUCUCCUACAACCCCAUCGCCGCCAUCGAGGGCUCCAUGCUACACGAGCUGCUGCGGCUGCAGGAGCUGCAGCUGGUGGGCGGGCAGCUGGCCGUGGUAGAGCCCUACGCCUUCCGCGGCCUCAAUUACCUGCGCGUGCUCAACGUCUCGGGCAACCAGCUGACCACGCUGGAGGAGUCGGCCUUCCACUCGGUGGGUAACCUGGAGACGCUUAUCCUGGAUGCCAACCCGCUGGCCUGUGACUGCCGCCUGCUGUGGGUCUUCCGGCGCCGCUGGCGACUGAACUUCAACCGGCAGCAGCCCACGUGCGCCACGCCCGAGUUUGUCCAAGGCAAGGAGUUCAAGGACUUCCCCGACGUGCUGCUGCCCAACUACUUCACCUGCCGCCGCGCCCGCAUCCGGGACCGCAAGGCCCAGCAGGUGUUUGUGGAUGAGGGCCACACGGUGCAAUUCGUGUGCCGGGCUGACGGCGACCCACCGCCCGCCAUUCUCUGGCUCUCGCCCCGCAAGCACUUGGUGUCGGCCAAGAGCAACGGGCGGCUCACCGUCUUCCCCGAUGGCACACUCGAAGUGCGCUAUGCCCAAGUCCAGGACAACGGCACCUACCUGUGCAUCGCGGCCAACGCGGGCGGCAACGACUCCAUGCCGGCCCACCUGCACGUGCGCAGCUACUCGCCCGACUGGCCGCACCAGCCCAACAAGACCUUCGCCUUCAUCUCCAACCAGCCGGGCGAGGGGGAGGCCAACAGCACCCGCGCCACCGUGCCUUUCCCCUUCGACAUCAAGACGCUCAUCAUCGCCACCACCAUGGGCUUCAUCUCCUUCCUGGGCGUCGUGCUCUUCUGCCUGGUGCUGCUUUUCCUGUGGAGCCGCGGCAAGGGCAACACCAAGCACAACAUUGAGAUUGAGUACGUGCCCCGCAAGUCGGAUGCCGGCAUCAGCUCAGCUGACGCCCCCCGCAAGUUCAACAUGAAGAUGAUCUGAGGGCCAGCCGGGCGCGUGCGCGCACGCACACAGGCACACACAUACA